UACCGAAGAAUGCCGAUAAUAUCCGACCACUGGGUCGUGGUGCAACGCGGCGCUGCUAUAGCGUCGUAUUUUUAUUGACAAACAUUGUUGGCCUUGAGGUCGAGAAACGUCGUCAGCUGUUAAUAUGCAACUUACAAGCCGUGUUUAUGUGUUUCUGUGACUAAUUUCUGCCGAUCUGUGCUCAUAUUUUUACUUGCGAUAGUCUAGAGUUAGUUUGAAUAUACUUGUUUUACUAAACUCUGCCACUGGUACUGUGGAGUGUGGUGGACUGUGGUAGCGUUGAAAUGUCUGUACCUGGCAAAGGAACACUCGACCAUAUUGAAUCAUCCGAUGGCGAUGGCGAUGGUAGUGAAAAUCCACAGCAUCCACCGGAGUGGUUUACAAAUUACAUGGCGCAGUUCAAGAGGGAUUUGAAAUCCGAAAUUGAAGACUUCAUCACGAAGGUGGUAACCGAGGCAGUGAAAUGCUCCCCUUCAAGAGGCGUGGACACGGAUGGGAAAAUCAAGAACCCUGAAACUGAUACAGUUUCAGGAGACAGUGUUACAUUAGGAAGAUCUCAGGAAGGGCACGAGGAAACACGAGACACAUCUGACAGUCGUGAGUGGGACUGUGACAGCGAGUUCAGCAGUGAAGAUAAUGAUUUUAUUGUUGUCAAGCUUCCUCCAUGCUUUGAUGUCCCCUCUGCUGCUAACAAGACACACCACCAAUCCAAUGCUACUGGUGGUGUAUCGAAGGGAGACGGUGUGAACAGCAUGGUAACUGAAGACCCGAACAUAAGAACGACGGUCGAUAGCUCGCCCGCCGAAGAAAAACAAACGCGUAACGAACAGCGGGAAGCAUCCUUCGGCGACGAUGGCGAUGCCGACGCGUCGGUCGAAAACGACAAGUCUGCAACUAAGGAGGCGCCGUCGGCGGAGAGCGGGCGCGACGAGAGCUGCGGCGCCGCGGGAACGGCUUCCACUGAGAGCGGCGGCGGAUGGUUCGCGGCUCCCGCGGGAUUAGAAGUGCUGAUCGAGUUCAAGAACGACUUCCCAUCGGCGACGACGAUGACGUCCGAGGUCGUCACGAAGGUGAGCAACGUCGCGCGGAUGUCCGCGGCGAGGCAGAAGAAGAGGAGGCACGCGCCGAGCUUCCGAGCCCCAGAGUUCGUCGCCACCGACGACGAUCUCGUCGAGGUGAGCACGAGGGAGGAGCAGCAGCGGCGCGCGGAGGACGAGUCGGAGCACGCGGAGGACGAGUCGGAGCGCGCGCCGCCAAGCGACGACGAGGACGGGCUCGACGACGCACGGCGGGAGGCGGAGCGUCUGGCAGAGCAGGGGCGUGUGGCGGAGCAGGAGCAUCUGGCAUGGCUGUUAAGGUUGCAUCGUCACGAGUUUGUCGUCUCGCGCGACGGCCUGGUGGCCGACCGGGUGACCGAGUGGGCCGAGGAGCCCGCGAACGCCAAGCACCGAAAGUUUGUCGUCUCCGUCGACGGGAUGGUCGUCUCCCUGCCUGACGUCGAGGAGGUACGAAGCGAUGGCGGCGAGGCAAAGAGCAUGGGAGGAGACGAGGAAGAGGAAGCAGGGGAGAUGGACGGGGAUGCUUCGGAGGCCGGCAGCUCUCAGGGAAAUGCCAACGGCAACAACACCCACUCUGAAAGUAACGAUCACACCUAUUCCAGCAGUCACAGUCACACAUGGAGUGGGAUCAACCAGCUUGGCGACUAUUGUUAUACUGCUUGGAACUCUGUGUUCGGAAAUGAAAACAAAUGCAAAUCCAAGUGUCAUAGGCACCAACAGAACACAGGCCAAAAUCAGAUGCGUUUUUCCCGGAAACCUCCAGCACCACCAACAUGGACACCGCCCGCAUCCCAAGCUGCCCCUCCCCCAACAUCAGCACCACCAACAUCAGGACCACCCACAUCCCAGGCUGCCCCUCCCCCAACAUCAGCACCACCCACAUCCCAGGCUGCCCCUCCCCCAACAUCAGCACCACCCACAUCCCAGGAAUUAUGA